AUGUUGCGAGCGUUUAGCUUUGCUGUGCAGCUUGCUGUCUUAGCCACAUCGGUAUGGGCAUUUGGAGUGACCACAUCGGGAAACUCUCUGGUUGUCGACACGAGUGGAGGUCUGGUAUUCAAAGUUGAUAAAACCACAGGUGAUAUUACGUCGAUGGUGUUCAAUGGCAUUGAGGCACAGGACCAGAGCGGGAAACACAGUCAGGUUUCAUCCGGAAUUGGCGCAAGCUGCUCCGCUGUACAGACUGGUAACAGCAACAACUACAUCAAAAUAACGUGUACCACGAGCACGUUGACCCACUACUACGUGGCCCGUUACAAAGAUCCUGCAAUUCACAUGGCGACAUACAUCACAGCUGAGCCUUCUGUUGGCGAGCUGCGCUACAUCGCGCGCCUCAAUCGUGCCAAUCUUCCCAAUGGCUAUACCGUCUCUGACAUCAAAGGUGGAACUGCCAUUGAAGGCACUGAUGUUUAUACCGUCAACGGGCAGACGAGGUCCAAGUUCUACUCUUCCAAACAAUUUAUCGACGAUCAAGUCCAUGGUGUCACUGGUAACGGCAUUGGUGCAUACAUGAUCAUCACCGACACGGGUUAUGAGAGCUCCUCUGGAGGGCCUUUCUUCAGGGAUAUUGAUAAUCAGGGAGGUGAUCAACAGGAACUUUAUUUCUGUGAGUGUGCUGAACAUGAUAGAUAUUUUCAUUGA